AUGAAUUAACCUUUAAUAAGCAAAUAGAACUUUGAUGGACUAUUAUAGAAGGCUUCGUAACUGAUUGGUUAGGCAAAGGAAUUAAAUGAUGACAUUCAGUCCUCAGAUUAGACCCAAUUUGAGAAAAUGAAGGAAAUCAUUGAGAAUGCAAGAGUGGCUUAAUUAAAUUUGGGGGAACAACUGGAAGAAGUAAUGUAACAACUAGAUAAAAUUGCAAAAAUAUCAGAAUAAAAGAAAAAAAUAAAGCAACUAAGGGAUCUCUAUGGAAAAGAAAUAAAUAGAUACAAAUAGAUAUAGAAAAAUUUAAUAGAAGAAGGGUAUGAAAUAAGAAGGCAAACUCUUCACAGAAGAUCCACUUAAACAUAACAAUAUAAACCAAAUGUUAUGCAAUCGACAGUCACUCUUAAGCAAUCUUAAAUCGAAUAGAAACAAUUUGAUGAUUUAGUUGAAAUAUCUUAAUUGGAAAUUGAUAAUGCAGUUAUUAAAGAAAAACAAGAGGAAAUAGAUACUAUUGAAAAGGAUGCUUUGCUUCUCAACAGAAUAGUUAAUGAUAUGAGCACAGAAGUAAAUAAAUAAGGCAAUUAACUUAAUGAAGUCGAGAUGAAUAUGACAACUGUGCAAGACAAUUUGAAGGUGACUGUCAAAGAAUUAGAUGGAGCUAAAUUUGAACAGAAGAAGAGAUUAAAGAAAUACCUUUUUUUGGGACUUAUAGUGUUAGUUCUCUUAUUAAUAGUUGGUGGACUUAUUGCAUGGUGGAGAAUUGAGGUUAAUAGGAAUCGAGAAAAAAAUAAAGAUGACAAUAAUGAUGAUGAGAAGAAUGUUGUUAAUACUACAAUGAGUUUAUUAAUCAAACUAAUCAAUGUAUGA